UUUCAAACAUACAUCAUCACUUUAACGUGAGAAUCUUGGUUUUUAUAGUUUUGUUAGAAUGAUAUAAAAGAUUUAGAAAAAGUAGCCCACAAUUAAUAGAAAAUUAGAAACAAACAGAAAAAACUCAUUCAUCAUCGCCAUGAGUUCUACUAACACUACUACUACUUCCUCUACUGAUGAAGGGCUAGUUCUUCCAGAUUUUCCCAAUGAGUUGUUUGAUUAUUUGUACCAUCAACAACAAUUCAUGGACGCUUUGGACGACGUCCCCUUCGUCGGAGCAACUGAACCCGCCACGGUUUCCGACGAUACCAGCUUCGGAGAUGACGUCAUUGUUUCAGGGUCCGAUGACAUUUUUAGUAUUCCCGGUGGUUGCGAUGAGACCAUGUAUCUCAUCCAUGAUCUAACCGGCACGCCGGCGUCUUCCACUGCCAGCGGUGCCGCCAACGCCGCCACAGUCGUCACCCCUGAAAACUCGGCCACGGCGAGCAACAACACGAGUGUGGAUUUGAGCCCGAAAGUUGGUAUCGCGAAACAAGUGAAAAGGCGGUCGAGGGCUUCGAAGCGGACGCCGACGACUCUACUGAACGCUAGCAUCAAGAAUUUCCGAUCACUUGUGCAACAGUACACCGGCAGCCAGAGUUCAACGUCAGGGUUCAACAGGAACGGGAAAGGCCCCAUCACCUUGAACUUUGGCGCCCCGAAUGAUCGUCGGAAUAACUUUCCGGUAACGUUUGGCAACUAUCAGUACUCCGUUGAGCAAGUUGAUCAUCAGAUCUAUGGAGGGCAAUAAGGCCUGAUGAUGAUCAACUCAUUUGUCGACUUUAAAACUGAUGGAUCAAGUACCUCAUGAUCUAUUUAUUAUGCACCUUGCUAACUUCUUCUUUAAUUUCUUUUUCCUCUUUUUUUUCUUUCUUUUUUCCAUGAUCGUUCAUAGUGAUGAUAUAGGGCCAAAGAAAAACCCUUCAUAUCAUGCAUGCACCUGAUGAUGCAGUGCAACAUGAUCAAAUCUCAAGUUCCAUCCGAAGAAGCUUAACAUUCAUUCACAAUCACACGUGAUCUUGAUCUAUAUGAUCACUCCCUUCUCCCAUAAAAUAAUCCAGUUUGUAAACUGUAAAUUGUACUGAAGUUUACAGUUUAUAACGUAAGACUACUUUUGUGGGACAAAUGAGAAUACUAGUAUUGCCAGAUUCCUGGAUAUGUUGUUGUGAAAUUGUAGACAGGCCGAUCGACACCGGACGGGCAUGACUUGUGAAGUAUUCGGGCUAGCUAUAGCAGUCGUCCUUAUAAACUAAAUAAUUAAGGGUACUUACAAUAAUAGGAAUUGUAUUUUCAUAUGAUAUAAUGUAUAAUAAUAUAUAAGGUUAUAUAUAGACAAUAAUAAACUCUAUACAAAAGAUUAGUACUGUAAAUAUAAUUAUUACAAUAGUUAUAGGGAAGUGUUGAACAGUAUGGUUUUAACGUUACUUUUUUUUUUUUUCUUUUGGGGUUUCUUCUUUGGGAGACACCUGAAGGGUGCCCUCAAUUCAAUAUAGAGUAGAUACUAGAGCUUACCUUAUGUAUGAUGGGAACAGCGGAAUUUUAUUUUAUUUUCCUCCAAACUAUAUAUAUUGCAUAUUUACGUGUAUGAGCUUAAUUAUCGAUUGGCCUAGUGAAAUUUCC